AUGUCCACAUCAAAAUAUCACACCGGGCCUUCAUCUAAGCGCCAGCGCCAAUUUGAUCUUGGUUUUGCUAAAGACUCGGAUUCGGAAUCCACCGAUUUUUUCGCUCCGAUUAAACUUGAGCCUCCCGAAGGAAUGAACCACGCAGCUUCAGCCAAACCAGCGGCUGAGGCAGAUGAGCAACGCAAUGGAGCUGAUCCUCGAGUGGGUGACAAUGAGGUGCCACCCACUACUGGUAAUGCAGCAGUAGCUAUACAGUUACCGAUAGAAGGUGGAUAUGUUUUAUUUGGCCCUCUUCGUCGUAUCAUGGCCAGUACGACAUUGGAGGAUUAUCUUUGUUUCGCCUGUUUAGAAGAAAACGAGAUCGGCCUCGUACUCCCAAUACUGAUGGAUCACGGGGUCAAUCAUUUCGAUUUGUUCCUAUUUGUCAAUUACGUGAAUCGAGAACAGUUGCGCAAAUGGGGGAUCUCAGUUGGCACCUGCGCGCGAAUUAUGGUUCAUGCGUUGAUGUUCUAUCAAUUCCACAUACACAAGCGGGAAAGAGGCCUUUGA